AUGUCUGCUUUUUUCUUGCCAUCUCACAAACAUUAUAGGUAUUUCACAAAUGUCCAGCAUACAGGGCAGCGAAGAAUGACGCCAGCCAUGAAUGAACGCAACCGUACCAUCAGCGCCUCUCACCACCACCACGGCCACCACCCGCCACCGCUGCAGCGCGCGCGGGCCGGCACAGCCAGCGCGUCGGCGCCAGCAUACCAGUCGUCGUCCCACGCCCAGGCGGCGCCCACCACCUCGCGAGACAGGACGAACCUCUUCCGCAGCCAUCUGACCAGACGGCCCACGGGCGCCGCAGCGAGCAGUUCUUCCGCUUCGUCGGCGACUGCAGCGGCGGCGACAGCGGCGCAGGUCGACGCGGCGCGUCUGGCGGCCGAGGAGCAGCAGCUUCUCCACGCAGAGCUCUGCGAGAUUGUGGUGCGCAACCAGAAUGGCGACAUCGAUCUCGAGGGCUCGCCGGUGGUGUCGUUUGAUGACAUCGAUGAGAUGGCGCUAGAAGCGCGCCAAGAAACAGAACAUGAGCGGCAGAGAUUGGCUGAAGCUGUGAAGCAGCAUCGCAUUAACCAUACUACCGUCCCUGACCAGCCUGAAGAGCUGCUUGAGGCUGUCCGCGCAAGUCUGCGUGCCAAGGUUGACGCUUUGGCGGAAGACGACUGGAUGUUUGAGCCCGGAGAACCACCGCGAGGCUGA